AUGUCGGCAUCACCGGCGUCGUAUAACGUGACGCUGGCGACUCUGAGGACGACGAGCCCUUCGCGAAAUAAAACGCGCAAACAAGUUCGACAACAAACGGAGAAAGAGAAACGGAGGGCGAGACUUUUGAAAAAGCUCGAGAUCGUCGCUUUGCGCGAGCGAGGAUUCGCCGCACACAACUUCUUGAUGAGUCACAAGGUGCAUCUCGUCGCGAGGUUGAACGUAAUCGCGACAAAUUUCGGAUACUUUGGUCUGAGCUACGUCAUGUUGAUGCGACUGGUUGAAAUCAGCAGCGGCGAUCGAAUGGCGUUUCCGGCUGCUCUGGAAGCCUUGAAAUAUUCUCACCGAGCGCACGGGUUUUUUCUUUUAGCGAUCGCGAUCAUAUCGACGCUCUUUCACUCGCUUCAGAUGGACGUGAUGCGAGACGCGAGAGAGGCGUAUUGCUCGUGUUGUGCUGGGGUGAGAAAGAGGAGAAUUAACAGAAAUGAAGAAAAGCCAACGGACGAUAAAGCGACACAAAAGACGAUCCGGGCACCGCGGAGGAGUCGAUCGGAACCAGACUUCGAGAAUGUUGUGUCCAUGGAACGAAAUGGCGAUGAACGUACGUUGAAGUCUUCUGCGUCCGUCAAAACCGCAGUGGCUGAGAGAAUACAAUGGGUUUCGUCGCAAAAACAAAGUUUUCAUCCGAUUAAGAGGACGGGUUCGCCCCACUCUUAUCAGUUGAAGUCGUCGGCGUUUCAUCAGAAUACGCCGGGGAUAGUAAAGAGUAAAACGCGAGAACGAGAAUCGUCUCCGGUAUCAGCGCUGUGUUUGUCGACAGAGACGUGCGAUCCGUUGGUCACAGAUCGCAAGUUCAGCGCUUUGUCGCCAUCUUCGGCGUCCUCGUCGACGACGACAACUCCCUCUUCGACGGAAUAUUAUACUACGGCGCCGAAAAGCUUUCGCGAAGAGGACGAAAUGGAAGACGAAGAAAAGAUCAGAAACGCAAUUAAAAAUUACCGAUGGGGAGCUGUUUCAAACUUGAUUUGUUGCGACGUUGUGACCGCGGUAUCCUACUGUCUCUUCUUGAUGCUUUCGCACGGUGAAAAGACAGUAGUCGUAAAUGGACUCUUGCCGUUGUCGGUGUUAUGGUUCGGCGCCUCGUCAAAAGCAAAAGGGCGCUACUGGAAUUACGCUAUUUGGCACGCCGUUUGGCACGUGCUCAGCGCAGCUUUGAUGGCUAAAGUUCUCAUCGCGUAA